GUUGCCGAGAUUCUAGGAAAGGUGGAAACAUACAAUCGCCUUUUUAGUGGGCAUACCAAUGGUCUCAUUCAGAGAAUGCAGGACCUUCCAUUUUAUCUCCGAAGGUUGUUACGAGAACUGAUGGAUCCUCGACGAUCUCUUCCUCUUGUUAUUAGAGCCCGUGUCUAUAUAGCAAUGAUACUAAGUGCUGUCUACAUUGUCAGCCCGGUUGACAUUAUUCCAGAAGGAAUAUUGGGAAUAGUUGGGCUCUUGGAUGAUCUCCUUAUACUGCUUAUCUUCUUCCUGCACGUUGCUGCCAUUUAUCGGUCGGUACUCUAUGCCCGUCACGGAGGUUCAUGAGCUGUCCUGCCAACAUGACAGAAGAAAGAGCAAGGGUAAACGUAAAGGAAAAGGUUAAACAUUCUCCGCAGAGAGCAGGAUUGUUGGUUUUUCUUUUUUCUCUUUUCCUUUUUUGCUUGCCUUCACUAAACCUAGACAGGUUUCCUUUCUUUUUUGCCCUUUCUAGCUUUUCUCUGGUUGAUACCGUUGCAAUGCAAUGGCAAAGCUUGCUUCAUCCCUCACACUAUUUGUAAUCAAACGUGGAUGUUUCUUUGUGCACGGGCAAAAAAUCAUUCUUUUAUGUGAGUUUGUAAUAAUGUUGUGUUCA